AUGGCCUUCCUCAUCCUGGUGAUCGGAGACCUGCACAUCCCCGACCGCGCUCUCGACAUACCGCAAAAGUUUAAGAAACUUCUCUCGCCGGGAAAGAUCGGGCAGACGCUAUGCCUAGGCAACCUGACGGACAAGCACACGUACGAGUACCUGCGGUCGAUCGCGCCGGACCUGAAGAUCGUCAAGGGGCGGUUCGACGUGGAAGCGACCUCCCUGCCCCUGUCCCAGGUCGUCACGCACGGGUCGCUGCGCAUCGGCUUCGUCGAGGGGUUCACGCUGGUCUCGACCGAGCCCGACCUGCUGCUCGCCGAGGCCAACAAGCUCGACGUCGACGUCCUCUGCUGGGGCGGCACCCACCGCUUCGACGCCUUCGAGUACAUGGAUAAGUUCUUCGUCAACCCCGGCAGCGCCACCGGCGCGUACACCACCGGCUGGACCAAGGACGGCGAGGAGAUGACCCCGAGCUUCUGCUUGAUGGAUGUCCAAGGUAUAUCGCUCACACUCUACGUCUACCAACUUCGAAAAGACGAAAACGGGGUGGAAAACGUCGCCGUGGAAAAAGUAACCUAUACCAAACCCGUAGAACCCACGACAGGCGGGUCUUCAUAA